AUGGCUAGAACAGCUACAGCUCCACAUGAGCUGUUGUUGAGCCAACUUCUGGGUUCAUCAAAUGAGAUUAUUGAUCACCCGGAAAGCAUGAGAACCACAAACGUCUCGGGAGCUGCAACGGGAACACUUCCUGGUGGAGCCCUGCUGAAUCAAAUAAUGGGCCCAUCAGGAUUAUCUCAUGACAACAUUGAAAACCUGGGUACUACAUACAGCCCAGUGGCUGCAACGGCAAUCGUUCCAGAUGAAUCACUAUUGCAUCAACUGCUCGGAGGGUUGGUGACACUAGAUGAUCGUGAAAGAAUGCGCACAGCCAGCAUAGGGGGAUCCUCAGUAUCAAGCCCGUCUCCUUCUGGGCCCGCCAUGGAGGCUAGUGCUCAGUUGUCGAUGCAGGGCUUUGAAGAUCUUGGACUACUCCCUUCUUUGGAUCCCACUACGUUCCACAGUAUGCUAGGCACAGCGUCAGAGGAGCUUGACCUAGAUUUCUUUGAAAUGAAAUAUGACCAUAGGCAUUCUUCCUAG